AAAAACAAAUAUAUUUUAGCCAACAAAGAGUUACAAUAAAAUACGAAAUUAGUGGAAGUGCAGUGAAAAGUGUUUUUGCUAAUGCAGAUAGUGCUUUGUGAAUGUGUUGGUUUAAGUGAAUAAUACAUUUGUUGCUGCUCUCUGCUGUCGCAGUAAUUGAUAAAAGUGCAAAUUGUUUUUGCAUUUUACGUAAGUUCAACUUGAAAUCGUGCUCGGCAACACGCAAGACUUGGCACAUUAAUUGCAAAUGUUUGUGAACGAUCUGUGCUAGUAUUGAAAACUAAAAACUAAACAAAGUACUUCAACAAUUUAGUGCGCAAUUCAUUCAAAACAAAUAGCAAUUUGACCACUGUGGAAUAACUUAUGAGUACACGACUUUGAGCAAGCAACACAACCAAUUAAUCUUUGGUUCCAUUAAAGGAUCCGUUUUAUGUGCAACGCUGACAAUGUGCCACAAGUGGCAGUUUAAGAAUCGUAUUUAUCGUUACGAGUGCAAUCUCACAAUAGAACUGAAAUAGAGAGCAAUUGUUAUGGACUGGUUACUCGCAACGCCUCAGUUGCAUAGCGCUUUCUCCUCGCUGGGCUCCCUUGAGGGAGACACCUACGUGGUUAGUCCCAAUGCAUUGGCCAUUUUGGAGGAGAUCAACUACAAGCUGACUUACGAAGAUCAGACUUUGCGCACAUUUCGUCGUGCCAUCGGAUUUGGCCAAAAUGUGCGAUCCGAUUUGAUACCCUUGCUGGAGAAUGCAAAGGACGAUGCUGUGCUCGAGUCCGUCAUACGCAUACUGGUCAACCUCACGGUGCCGGUGGAGUGUCUGUUCUCCGUGGAUGUGAUGUAUCGCACCGAGGUGGGACGUCACACCAUCUUCGAGCUGAACAAGUUGUUGUACAGCAGCAAGGAGGCAUUCACCGAUCCGAAGAGCACCAAGAGCGUGGUGGAGUACAUGAAGCACAUACUGGAAUCGGAGCCAAAGCUAUCGCCGCACAAAUGCGAUCAGAUCAACAAUUGUUUGCUCUUGCUGCGUAAUAUUUUGCACAUUCCUGAGACACAUGCGCAUUUCCUCAUGCCUAUGCUGCAGUCGAGCGGUGGCAGUCAUCAGGUUUCCAUGCAGAACACCAUCUUGUGGAACCUAUUUAUACAGAGCAUCGAUAAGCUAAUGCUCUACCUGAUGACAUGUCCGCAGCGUGCGCUCUGGGGCGUUACCAUGGUCCAGCUGAUUGCGUUGAUCUACAAGGAUCAGCACGUGAGCACGCUGCAGAAGCUGUUAAAUUUGUGGUUUGAGGCUUCGCUCUCAGAUAGUUCUGAGGACAAUGAGAGCAAUACAUCGCCUCCAAAACAGGGCAGCGGUGACUCAAGUCCUAUGCUUACCUCGGAUCCUACCUCGGACUCCUCAGACAAUGGCAGCAAUGGUGGUGGAAGCAGUGGCAAGAAGGAGGGCUGCGACGAGCGGCGACAGGCGUUGCGAGAAGGAACCGAGGCCACCUUGCAAGAGGUCAGUCGAAAAGGACACGAGUACCAGAACGCUAUGGCGCGGGUCACAGCCGAUAAGCCGGAUAGCUCGGAGGCAGCCAGCGAUAUAACCGAGCUGCUUGGCUCGCCACAGCAGCCGGAGCAGUGUGAGGAGGAGGCCAUGGAUGACAUUGACUACGAGAGUCAAGUGCAGGAAUACGAGCAAGAGCAAGAGCGAGAACGAGAACGAGAGCAAGAACAAGAACGGGAACAAGAACAGGAGGCCAACGAGGAGGGCGUCAAUGGGCAACCAUUAAAUCUUACACAAUCAGCUGACAAUGUCAACAACACUACCAAUAAAGCACCAGCCACAAGCACAGCUGGCAACGACAACAACAACGAUGAGUCACAAAUCAGCAGCCGCACAACAAACCUCAGCUACGAGCCUUUUAAGCCACCCGCACCGCUGCCCACGCGACGCAAUACGUUAGCUGACAUGUUGACCGACAACUAUCAGUCGCAUUCGCAUGUCUCGGCUGUGAAGCUGGGUCAGAAGUCGCCUCAUGCGGGUCAACUGCAGCUGACCAAGGGCAAGUGUUGUCCGCAGAAGCGUGAGUGUCCCUCUUCGCAGUCGGAGCUCUCCGAUUGCGGCUAUGGCACUCAAGUGGAGAACCAAGAAUCCAUAUCCACAUCGAGCAACGAUGACGAUGGACCUCAGGGCAAGCCGCAGCAUCAGAAGCCGCCGUGCAACACAAAGCCACGCAACAAGCAGCGAACGAUGAUGUCGCCACAGGACAAGAAGGAGUUGAGACGCAAGAAGCUCGUCAAGCGCAGCAAGAGCAGUCUCAUCAACAUGAAGGGUCUAGUGCAGCACACGCCCACAGAUGAAGACAUCUCUAAUUUGCUCAAGGAAUUCACUGUGGAUUUUCUGCUCAAGGGCUACAACUAUCUGGUGGAUGAACUGCAUCAGCAACUGCUCUCCAAUGCGAAGGUCCCUAUUGACACUUCGCACUUUUUCUGGCUUGUCACCUACUUUCUAAAGUUUGCCGCUCAGCUCGAACUCGAUAUGGAACACAUUGACACCAUUCUCACCUACGAUGUGCUCAGCUAUCUGACCUACGAAGGCGUCAGUCUGUGCGAGCAACUCGAGAUGAAUGCUCGCCAAGAGGGCAGCGAUCUUAAGCCGUAUUUGCGACGCAUGCAUUUAGUGGUGACAGCCAUCAGGGAAUUCCUGCAGGCCAUUGAGACAUACAAUAAGGUGACGCAUCUAAGCGAGGAUGAUCGUCAGCAUUUGCGGCAGCUGCAGCUGCAGAUUGGCUCCACCAGCGAUCUGCGCUGUUUGUUUGUGCUCCUGUUGCGUCGCUUCAAUCCCAGCAUUCAUUCCAAGCAGUAUCUGCAGGAUCUGGUCGUGACCAAUCACAUACUCAUGCUCAUACUGGACAGCGCCGCUAAGCUGGAAGGUGGACAAACUAUUGGUCUUUCCGAGCACAUUUCACAAUUUGCCACCCUGGAGGUGAUGCAUUAUUAUGGCAUUCUACUGGAGGACUUUAACAAUAAUGGCGAGUUUGUCAACGAUUGCAUCUUCACCAUGAUGCAUCACAUUGGCGGCGAUCUGGGCCAGAUUGGUGUGCUCUUUCAGCCCAUCAUAUUGAAGACCUAUUCGCGGAUCUGGGAGGCUGACUAUGAGCUCUGCGAUGAUUGGUCCGAUCUCAUCGAGUAUGUCAUACACAAGUUUAUGAACACGCCACCCAAGUCACCGUUGACCAUACCCACCACUUCCCUGACUGAAAUGACCAAGGAACACAACCAGGAGCACACCAUUUGCACCUGGUCACAGGAGGAGAUGGAUACGUUGUAUUGGUAUUAUGUGCAGAGCAAGAAGAACAACGAUAUUGUUGGCAAGAUCGUGAAGCUCUUCAGCAACAAUGGCAACAAGCUCAAGACACGCAUCUCGAUUAUACAGCAACUGUUGCAGCAGGACAUUAUAACGCUGCUGGAGUAUGAUGAUCUGAUGAAGUUUGAAGACGCCGAGUAUCAGCGCACGCUGCUGACCACGCCCACUUCGGCCACCACCGAAUCGGGCAUUGAGCUAAAGGAGUGUGCGUACGGAAAACCCUCAGAUGAUGUGCAGAUACUGCUCGACUUGAUUAUCAAGGAGCACAAGUCACAGCACUUGGUGUGGCUGCAGAAGCUGUUGCUCGAGUGCUGCUACGUCAAGCUGAUGCUCAAAUGUGGCAGCACUUUGCCCGAAGUGGAUCCCAUUAUGGAACCGGUGGCCUAUCAUUACAUCUACAAGCAAAAGUCCAUACCUGUGGUGCAGUGGAACAACGAACAGUCGACGACGAUGUUGUAUCAACCGUUUGUGCUGCUGCUGCACAAGUUGGGCAUUCAGUUGCCGGCGGAUGCGGGCUCGAUCUUUGCACGCAUACCCGACUAUUGGACGCCAGAGACAAUGUAUGGGCUGGCCAAGAAGCUGGGACCGCUGAAUAAACUGACGCUCAAGUUCGAUCCCAGCGAAAUGGAGGAUGCCACCUCAUCAAGUGCCUCCUCACGCUAUCAUCACUCUGGCACCCGUAACUCCCUCAGCUCGGUGAGCAGCCUCGAUGCGGACAUCGUUGAAUCGGAGGAGCUGGCUCUUAUACCCGAAGUGGAUGCUGCAGUAGAGAAGGCAGCUGCUGCAGCUUGUAAUGAGAUCUUUGCGGUGCCCAAAGCCAAGCACUCGAAUUCGAUCAUCAGAUAUACGCCGGAUCCGACGCCACCGGUGCCCAACUGGCUGCAGUUGGUCAUGCGCAGUAAAUGCAAUCAGCGAACGGGACCCGCAACAGACAUCAGCGACUGCGUCAGCUCAACUACCAUGACAGCCGAUGACGAGGGAUUGGGCAAGUCGAAUGCCUCCACGUCGCAGGCGCCGCAAACAUCGCUGAGUGCAACCAAUCCGACCAGCACUUUGGCGUGUCUGACCAAAAUGAGCAACUGCAGCUUCAUGGCGCCGCACAAUGAGAACAGCAGCAGCUCCGGCUGCGGUGGCACUGUCUCAUCACUCUCGAUGGCAGCGUUGAUGAGCACAAUUGCCACGGAUCCGAAUGCGGAUGCGGUGAUGAAGCCAUCGUUCGAACGAAUCGAGGUGACAGGUGGACACUUUGCGCGGCCAAAUAACUUGGAUCAGGAGUACAGCGCAAUGGUUGCAUCGGUCUACGAAAACGAGAUAGCCAACAGCGACAAUGUUUCAGUGGCUUCGGACUUGACCCGCAUGUAUGUCAGCGAUGAGGAUGAGAAGCAUGAGUUCCGUGAGCCAGUACCCCAUUAUCAUUGAGCAGAGGCAGACAAAAGGCAGACAAAGAGAGAGAGAGAGACAGAGGCAGUGAGUGUGAGUGAGAGAAACAUAAACAAAAAAGACAGACACAGCGAGUGCGAGAUCAAGAGGCAAGAAAUAGACAAAGCGACAGGCUAGAAUCAGUACCCAACUAUUUAUGAAAGCUAAUAAAAGUACCUUAUCUUUAUCAUUACAAAUCUUUUACCAAUUACUUUUACUUUUUCGCACCUGUAUCAAAACUUUAACUUUAUUCUAUAUUGUAUGUUAAAUAUGUAUUAUUACUUAGCAUUUAAGCACCAGAGAUCAAGAAAGCGCAUACAUAAGAUACAAGUAUGCAUAUAUUUUGUAGCUCUUACAUGCAACAUUUUAGUAAUUUUAAGUGAUAUACAUAUAUACAUAACAUAUAUAAUAAUAGUAUACUAUUUAUUCGCAAAAAGCGUGGAGGAAAAAAAGUGCAUUAUAUUGUUAAUAAGAUGACAUUGGAGAAUUUACAAAAGUUUAAUCGAGUGUGUGUAGUUACGAUAAGUUAUGAUAAUACUAAACAUAAAUGGGCAGUUCCUGGUUAAAAUAGUGCAAAUAUACAUAUACCAUGAUGAAAAUAUAUAUUUACAGCAUUGCAGCGAAAAGUAUGUUGGACUAUAAACUUAAUAUUAUAUAUAUAAAUUUAUAUAUUUUAGGAUGCACUUUUGAAUGUACUAUAUAUACAUAUGUAUGGCGAUUACCGAUUAGCCAUUGUCUAUAUUCACCUAAACUAAUAAAGCUUUCAUUGUA